UAACGUCAAUGUCGUCAAAUCGCGAAUGCUCUUUUCAGAGUGAAGCCAAGUAAAGUGAUAAAAUACGUGUUUUAUGUUAUGAAAAUAAAGUAAAAUGUAGUUCAACUCAAAUUACAAAGAUAGAAAUAUUGUUUUCUUGAGACAUCAGAUUUACAAUUUGCCGCACAAAUGUGUAAGUCCUCGAAAAUGGUGUCUGGGAGCACGAGGGUGAUACAAGUGACCAACAUCGCGCCUCAAGCGACUAAAGACCAGAUGCAGACGCUAUUCGGCUAUUUGGGUAAAAUCGACGACAUCCGCUUGUAUCCAACGAUCAGAGACGUUUCGUGUCCCGUACAGUCCCGCAUCUGUUACGUAAAAUAUUAUGACUCUGCAAACGUAAAUGUGGCACAGCAUAUGACUAACACUGUGUUCAUAGACCGCGCACUGAUUGUGAUACCGGUGCAGUCGGGUGAGAUACCAGAUGAACACAAAGCGCUCGAAAUGUCCAGUAAUGGAACCUUGGUACCGGGGUUAAGUUCUGUAGAACCAAGACUGCCCAUGCAUGUCAUCAAUACUUUGGAUGGAAUCCCGCCGAACCAAGUCAUUCAAACGCACGACGCUAAUUUGACAGCAGCUGGUUUGCCUCCAUAUCCCCCUUUGCCAACCACAUAUGACUCUAGAAAAAUAGAAGAAAUCAGAAGAACAGUCCUAGUGGCUGAUACGGGUUCAUUAACUUCCCAACAGUUGAUUGAUCACUUCUGCCAGGCAGGUGAAGUGAAGUAUAUGCGCUUCUGCAGCAGAGAUGUUGACACCCUCAAGUAUGCUCUUAUUGAGAUGACUGAGCAGGAAGCUGUGAUCAAAGCAUUGCACCUAAAUGGAUCCACUUUGGACGGACAAACUAUUCAGGUAUAUCAUGCUACGCAAUCAAUAUGCAAACCGCAAACAAAAAGCAACGAGGCUGCCCAACGUGAAAUAGAAGAAGCUAUGUGCAGAGUGAAGGAAGCGCAGAAUUUUAUAUCAGCGGCCAUUGAUCCUGUCAUCGGAUUACUGUCUAAAGACAAGAGAAGGACUCGGUCACGUUCCCGGUCGCGUCGCCGAUCUAGGUCUCGGUCGCGUCGCUCUCGCUCCCGACACCGCGCCAAGCGCUCCUCCCGCUCUCGCUCGCGACAUCGCGCUCGCCGCUCACGCUCUCGACACAGACAUCGCACUAGGUCUCGUUCCCGACAUCGCAGUUCCCGUCGUUCCCGCUCCCGGUCUCGGCACCACAGCUCGCGUUCGAAGAAGGAACGCUCUAAAGAUCGCGACCGGAAAGAUAGGAAAGGCUCUACAGAAAAAGAUAAAGAGAAAGAGAAAGAAAAACGAGAAAAAACCAAAUCACCUCCUCCUAAGGCAAUAGAAAAAGAAACGAAAGAAGAACAAAAGCCAGAAAUUACUGAAACGAAUGGUACUAGUCCAGAAUUAAAGUCGAAGGCUUCCACUCCUCCUGAUGAUAAAGAACGGGAGAACGAGAAAAGUGAAAAAGAGAAGGUGAAAGAGAAAGAGAAAGAAAAGUCUCCAUCUAAAAAGAAAGAACGUUCCCGUUCACGGGACAAGAAGAAGGAGCGGUCGCGGUCGCGACGCAGAUCCCGAUCCCGCUCCCGUCGUAAACGUUCUAGAUCUCGGAAGCGAUCUCGUUCCAGAGAGCGGAAAAGAACGCGCUCCAGAGAAAGAAAGAGAUCGAGAUCCAAAAAACGGUCCCGGUCACGAGAUCGCAAGAGAUCUAGGUCCAGGGACAGAAAGAAGUCUAAAUCUAGAGAAAGGAAGCGGUCUAGGUCGCGUGAUCGCAAGCGGUCUCGCUCCCACAGUCGCCGCUCCAAGAGUCGUUCUCACAGAGAUUCCAAAACACCCCACGAUAAUAAGUCACGCGACAGAACUCCCACUCUUCCUCCUUUACCGGAAAAAAGCGUUCCAAUAAUUGAGAAGGCUCCAGAUAUAAAUGAUGAAAAUACAUCUCCAGAUAAUAUGGAUAUUUCAGAUUCUCCUUAGUUUAAGAUGACAUAAGUACUUUUUGGUUUAUUAAUAUUAAUAAUUUAGGUUUAAUAUAUGUCCGAUUUCUUACAUAAUAAAUUCUAGAUAAUAA